AUGGACGAGACAACGCACAAACCUAAGAUGGGCGGUCUAAUGGAUCCUCGCAUGGGAACCCUCGACAGCAAUGUCAAGUGCCAGACAUGUGGAGAAGGAAUGUCAGAAUGUCCUGGUCAUUUUGGCCAUAUCGAGUUGGCGAGGCCGGUCUUUCAC